AUGUCGACUGCGGAAGAACGUCGUCAGCGAAUUCUUGCAAAUUCCCAAGCACGUCUCGCUAAACUUCGAGAUGUGACUCUAAACGAAGAUGCUGUACAAAUACCACCAAUGGCGCCUGUUUCGGAAGAAGCACCAGCUGAACUUCUAAAACGAACUGACGAAAGCUUAAGAUCUACGCCUCCUCUACAAACGACGGCCAGCAAAGAACAAUCAUCUUCAUCGUCAUCAAUAUUUUCAACAAUUGCAUCGGCAACAAAUAUGAUGAAUACAUUCGCAUCAUCGUCGCAAACCAAAUCUACGCCUGAGAUUACGAAAGAUACCAUUCUCGUUGAUAAACAACAUCUUCUCGUGUUAGUCUUGGGAAUUCUCGUCAAUCUUCUCUUGUACAUGCAUCUUGACGUCUCGUUAUUAUAUGAUGGAUAUGAAACAUCGAACAAAUGUAUUGAUCACAACAACAAUGAUGUCAGGUUUUAA